ACCCUGUCAGUCGGGUCGGCAGUCGUGCAAGUUUCUGCAUCUGCAUGUUCACCCGUAUUGAUAAAGAUUUUUAUAAUGGUGAGGGGCCGCCGGAACCCGAACCAGACCCUGUGCUUGAUUAUUUAGGACCCACAGUGAUUAAUAUUCUUUACGCGCAAUGUUUUGUUAUCUUAGCCUUCAUUCUGUUCUGGUAAUCUCUUUAGUUAGUUCCUAUGUUGCCGCUUCCGAAACUAUCUUGAAAUGGCCGACUGUGGGCAUUUCAAUUCUUGUGCGGAACAAAGCCCACACUCUACCUUAUUUCCUAAGUUGUUUGUAUAAUUUGGAUUACCCCAAGGACCGCAUCUACAUCUGGAUAAGCAGUGAUCACAAUGAGGAUGAUAGCGAUAAGAUUCUUGACAAAUGGGUCGAGCAGUAUGGUCUAGAAUACAAUGGCAUACAUCUAUCUUUGAACAGCUCCACCUCAGGAAAAUUGUUUCCUGAUGAGGUGCGCUCCACUCAUUGGAGUGAACAACGCUUUGCACACGUUAUAGACCUAAGAGAAGAAGCACUGGACUACAUGCGGAAGAUAUGGGCGGAUUACAUAUUUAUGCUUGAUGCCGACGUGUUUCUUACCAACAAGGAUACGCUUAAAAUUCUGGUGAAAAAAGACCUCACCAUUGUAGCUCCUAUGCUCAUCUCAGACGGCAGCUACUCAAACUUUUGGUGCGGUAUGUCGGAUGAUUUCUAUUACAAGCGCACGGAGGACUACACGCCGAUCUUGGAGCGGGCCACGCAGGGGUGCUUCGCCGUGCCGAUGGUGCACUCGGCGCUGCUGGUGCACCUCGAGGCCCAGGCGUCCGACGCGCUCUCCUACCGCCCCGCCCGCUACGACGGUCCGCUUGAUGACAUCAUCGCGUUCGCGGUCAACGCCAACAACCACAGCAUCGCCAUGCACAUCUGCAACGACCACGAGUACGGGUUCGUGCCGGUUCCAGCGUCGGACACCGACGACGCCGACGACGAGCGCGAGCUGACGGUCAACGUGAAGCUGCUGGCCCUAGGGCGCCACUCGCCGCUGCCGCUGGAUCCUCUGCUGGCAAGCUUCGUGCGCCGCCCGCCGCCGGCCCGGCUCGGCUGCUGCGAAAUAUUCAUGAUCAACCUGGAGCGCCGUCCCGAGCGACGCCGCCUUAUGGAGCUCAGCUUCAAGGAGCUCGGAAUGGACGUCACGCUGAUCAAGGCUGUCGAUGGAAGGACCCUGGACAUGAACGACCUGCGCAAGCACAAGAUCAAGCUCAUGCCGGGCUACGAAGACCCCUACCACAAACGGCCCAUGAAGGCGGGUGAGAUCGGGUGCUUUUUGAGCCACUACAUGAUUUGGAACCAGGUGGUGUCGGAGCAGUUGGAGGUGGCGUUGGUGCUCGAGGACGAUAUCCACUUCGUCGCGCACUUCCGCCAGCGGUUCGCGCUGCUCAUGGAGGAGCUAAAGACGGUUGAUUGGGAUCUGGUUUACAUCGGGCGCAAGAUCCUGCAGAACGGCGAGGAGUCGUACGUGACGCAGCACACGACGCGGCCGCGCUACUCGUACUGGACGCUUGGCUACCUGCUCAGCCGGCGCGGCGCCGCCAAGCUGCUGGCCGCGCAGCCGCUGGCGCGCGUGCUGCCCGUGGACGAGUUCCUGCCCAUCAUGUUCGACCAGCACCCCAAGUGA